AUGGAAACUGGGAUCCGUGCUGGUGCUGGGGCCGGGACUGAAUACCAUGGGUUGAUGCUGGGUCUGGUGUUGGGACUAGACCCCGGGAACCGGGAACCAGGGCUGCUGCAGGUGCUGGGUUGGGAUCUGGGUUUGUAGAGGGGAGGAAAGACAACCUGGGGAGCCAGCAGACACGCAAGGGAGCCCUAGAUCCAGAGGUCAAUGGUGGUACUUCCCUGUGGCCUGCUCGCUCCGGGUGAAGGUCUGAUCUUUGGUCCCUCCUCCACACCUCAUCUGGUGGUCUGGUACUGGGGCUUGUGCUGCAAAAUGGGUACUGGGUUGGUGCUGGGUCGGGAUCUGGUUCUGUACAGGGGAAGAAGGACAUCCUGAGGAGCCAGCAGACACACAAAUGAGCCCAAGACCCGGAGGUCAGUAAUUGGAGAUUUGGUCCUUCCUCUGCGCCUCUUCUGGUGUGGUGAAGAAUGGCUCCUGGUUCUGGUCUGGUUCUGUGAGAGGGAUAGGUGUAGAGCGAGGAAAGGGGAGAGAGAUGGAGAGGGAGAAGGGGGGUGGUAUUUCCAUUGGCCUGGGCAGGUGCUGAAGGAGGAGCGAUGUGGCGGCAAGACUGGACGCUAGUGGGAACAAACACUGCCCAGAUCUGCAUGGCCUCGGCACACUCACAAACAGUUGGUACAUGUAUUUGGUGUGAGUGCCUCCAUGAGGGCAGUUCUCUGUACGUACCUUGUGCCAUCUAUGAAUGGAUUCCCUCGUGGGGAGGUAACCAUGAAAAGCCGUCUGAGGAAAGUCCUUCUGUUCGGAGUGUGUUGUCAGGGUCAUGGUGAUGGGUUAUUGGGGAGGUCUGAUAAUUUCUUUGCAGAUUUGGAUGAGGGCCUCUAGCAAAUCGUGAGGGCCUGUUCACAGGUUUUGGUAUGCUUCCCCACUGACUGCCUGGUGGCCCCCUGUACUGACUUAGUGAUGGAGUAGGGUAUGCUACUAAGGUUGAAAACAACAACAUAUCAAAUUGUUGUUGUUUGGGCUGGCUACUUGCAAAUGUAUUGUAUUAAUUGUUUUGUCAUUCAAAACUCUGACACAGUUGUCAAGUCAACACAUCUGCCAGUGAACUGCAUCACAAGAGACGCCAAAUGGGAGAUGUAUAUAAAAAAAAUGAUAUAAUUGGUCAAUUUCCAUGUUUGAGUUGCUUUGUGUAUCACCAAAUUUCCUUGAUUCUUUUAUUGCAACACUGCUCACUGCAUCCAAGUUGCUUGACAGAGUCAUUUCAAAGAGCUGUUAGUCAAGACGAGCUCAUGAAUAUAAGCUCCCCGCCCACUCAGCCUGUCUUUUCAAACUUCCUGGUACUUAGCCAUGAGAGAAAAAGUACUUUUCAAUAGUGAUGUUAUGUUUGAUACCAGAGCUCUGAGGCAUGCGUUGAAAUCUUUAAGCAGCGAACUUCGAAGCAGUGUUUCCGAUACAUGUAUUACUUUAUCAGAAGUAUGUCAUCAAUGAUGUCCGAAGCUUCGUUUGAUCACGUACUUUUUCAAACCAUGUGUUGCAUAAUGCGAGAUCCCACUGAUUUCGCCGUGGUUCCAGUGCUUUCUUCGAUUCCAAGCUGCUUUCAAACACCGACCUCUACUGGACAUCAUACUUACAAAUAUAGUUAGGAUUUUGAAUGUACAUUUUCAACUGACUGGUAGCUUAGCAUUUAGGGAUGUGAGGGUAUGAAGUCUAAAUCCUGUUGAAGGCACACUAUUUAGAUUUUUAAAAAAAAUUGAAACCACGCUUUCUGCACUGUUGUUCAAAUAAUGUAUUUGAUUUAGUAUAAAUAAGCUUCUCUUAAGCAUUCUAAAUAAUGCCAUAGAUGUAGUUUUUGAAAAAGAGUCAACUUGAAGGCAAAGGGAAGCAUGAUGUAGACCUGGUAUUCCAACAGAUUAUAGCUACUAAAGCCAACGAUUUACCGCUGUGCCACAGAGCUUUGAUGAAAACAGUGGAGAAAAAAUUACGUCUCUGAUAAUCACUCGCUGCUAUUUAUUGCUGACCAGCAGAUGUCACUAAUGUGCAUUGUGAACAGAUAAUGAAGCUCUGAGUAAUGAACCGUUUUUUGGCACAAUUUGGUGAAAGCGCUGAAGUCUUCAGAAAGCCUCGGUUUCCCAUCACUACUAUUCAGAAUGACUGUUCAGGACCUUUAAAGACUCCAGCCACCCAAGCCAUAGAGUGCUCUCUCUGCUUCUGCACGGCAAGCGGUACUGGAGCAACAAAUCUGACACCAACAGGCUCCUGAACAGUUUCUAUCCCCAGUCAUAAGACUGCUAACUAGCUAACAAAAUGGCUACACGGACUAUCUGCAUUGAACCUUCUAUUUUAUUAUUGCACUGUCUCUAUGCACACUCACACACUCACUCUAUGCACACUCACACACUCACUCUAUGCACACUCUACAUACUCACUCACUCACACUGACACACACACACACCUAAUUUGCUCACACAUAACACGCACACACAUUCAUACUGACUCUACACACACGCACGUACAAACUCACCUACAAUUAUCAUAUAUGCUGCUGCUACUCUGUUUAUCAUAAAGUAUAUCCUGAUGCCUAGUCACCUUACCCCUAUACAUAUCUAACCCUACCACUCCAGUAUCCCUGCACAUUGUAAAUAUGGUAUUGGCACUGACCCUGGAACUGACCCUGUAUAUAGCUUACUUACUUUCUCGUGUUCUUUUUAUUUCUAUUUCUCGUGUGUUUUUGUUCUACUUGACUUUUUAUACUUUUUUUUACAGUACUACUGAUAUUGAUUACUGCAUUGUUGGGAAAGAGCAAGCAAGAAAGGCAUUUGACUGUACUUGUGCACGUGAUAAUUACAAUUUGGAACUUUAAACACAUUCAUACUCACACUCAUAUGCAUGUGUAGAAUAGCUGGAAAUUAUCUUUAAAAAUGCUAAAUUCUCUCAGCCUCAUUGCAAAAUGUGUAGAAUAGCAUGAGAUGAGCUAUAAAACUGCACAUAUUUCUCUCUGCCCCAUGGCAAUAUGUGUUGAAUUGCAGGAAAUUAGGUUUAAAACAGCAAAAAAAUUUCUCAGACCUUGCGGGGGGCCCCACGAAACUGCGGUAUGCCACUGACACCAUACUGUAUACUAAAUGUAUGCCUGUUUUCCCCCAUAGAGGGGAGGGUGCGUCGCAGUCUGUUUAACCUGCCGGUGAUAAACCCAGACAGGCUGAAGACUGCCAAGGCUCUGGUGGAGAAGGCUGUCCAGGUAAGACAGUAGUCUCUCUGAGGCAUCUUACCCAUAGGGGGCACAGGGGAACAAAGUUGGCUUUAGCCAGCCCAGAUAGGUUCCCAAUCUCCCAACUAGCUAUUUCAGGCUAUCAAUCAAGUUAGAGUAGCUAGUUUGUCUAACUAUCUUAGCUGGCAUGCAUUUUACCAGGUAAGGUGACUAAGAACACAUUCUCAUUUACAGCAAUGACCUGGGGAAUAGUUACAGGGUAGAGGAGGAAUGAGACAAUUGGAAGCUGGGGAUGAUUAGGUGGCCAUAUAGGAAAUUUUGCCUGGACAAUGGGAUUAACACCCCUACUCUUACGAUAAGUGCCAUGGGAUCUUUAGUGACCACAGAGAGUCAGGACACCUGUUUAACGUCCCAUCCAAAAGACGGCACCUUACACAGGGGCAAUGUCCCCAAUCACUGCCCUGGGGCAUUAGACCAGAGGAAAGAGCACCUCCUACUGGCCCUCCAACACCAUUUCCAGCAGCAUCUGGUUUCCCAUCCAGGGACAGACCACGAGCAGUCCUGCUUAUCUUCAAAGGCAAGCCAGCAGUGGGAUGCAGGGUGGUAUGCUGCUGGCAAACUAACUGUAUUGAGUAAGACUCACAUUCCUUUCCAUCUUUUACCCAGAUUUUAGCAGAGAAGCAUAUUUAGUUUCUUUAAUAAAAAAUUAACCACCAGUCAGGAGGAUACAGACAACUCAAGAUGAGGCAUGCUUAGAUAUGCAGAAAAAUAUACAUAUUUUUUACAUAGAAUUAAGCAUAAUGAUUAUGGCUCUGGAUUGCAGGAAAAGGCUGUUUCAGGUGUUUGAAAAAUUUGAAAUUCUACAACUUACGGUCGGCAGGCCCCUUUAGAUUUUUGGGGUGCAUGACGCCCCUGGUCUCUUUCUCUCUCUCUCUCUCGCCACACAACCACUGUCUGGGCCUACAGCAGACACAUCACAACCAACACAUUACCUACAGCAGUGGUUACCAACCCUGGCCAUAGUGGAGAGCGACAGGGUGUGCAGGGUUUGGCUCCAGCCCAGCACUAACGCACCUGAUUCACACCUGAUCCAAAGACUGGAGGAACAAGCCUGCACACACUGCAGCUCUCCUGGACCAGGGCUGCUGACCUAAAGACACUUUCCUACCCUCUCUCUCUCUCUCUCUCUCUCUCUCUCUCUCUCAGCUGCGGAGGGUGUUCUCUGUACAGGGCCCCUAUCCUGUGAUCCGUGCUGCCUUGCGGGCCAGAGGUUGGGUGGAGCGUCGCCUGCCACGCCCCGCACCAACACCAGCAGGCCAUUGUCAUGGUGAUGAGGAAGAGGAUGGUGGGGAUGGGGAUGACAGUAAUGAUGACAACGGUAAGACGGAAGCUCUUCGUUGGGCAAGCAUUAGGUUUGAAUACAUUUGUCAACCCACAAUCGGACAGUGGCAAGGAAGAAACUAGCUCUUGUGAGGUAUUCUGUAGUCCUCAAAGGCUGUAAGAGAGACUUCAACAGUUUUAAGUUUGAGCCUACUCAUACAGUAUAAGGUAAAGCAGAAUCCCUGCUAAUGGUAUGGAUAGGGCAUUUAGAUUAAUAGCUGUAGUGUAAAUGUAAUGGGAGCACCGGUAGGAUGCUCCUAGUCCUGAGAAUACGAUACAACCUGAGCCCAUACUACACCACAUCAACCAAGACAUGUCACAACACACACAUCACUCUCCUGUCAGGACAGAGCUUGUCAUCGCUCGAGGUAGAAGUUGACCCCUACCACAAAUAUAGGAUCAGAUUACCUUACUAAAAACCUAACCUUAACCAUUAGGGGGAUCAGAAAAUAUUUGAUCCUGUAUCAGUGGUUAGGAGCAACUACCUUCUCCCAUGUCUCCUCCUAUGUUCUACAUACUUAUUUUUAUUCUCUCUUUUUCAGUCAGAGUGGUGGAGGGGGCGAGGGAGGACGACCCUGAUGACAUGUAUGACCUCAUGGUGAGCUGCUGUUUGAUAUGGCGUCAUUGUUAGAUUUUUCCCUUUCCUGUCACUCAUUCACUCACCGUUUCUUCCCCCAGUCUCGUCUGGUGCGAAAUGAAACAACAUACUUCUACUGGACGACACGGAGGGACGAGAUUGACUGCCGCUCGUUACGGAAGGACCAGAUGACCAAUCACUACGCAAAGUCGGGCACUUUCACCACCAAGGUCACAGUCUGAAUACAGAUUGCACUCAAUUCACUUAAGGAAAUAACGGGACUACUCAGGCUAUAUUCUAGUGCCUCUGUAGUGCCUCUCUCUAUUAUCCUACUCUUCUUUUCGCUAUUUUACUCUAUUUUAUUCAGGAAUACAUAAUAUGAGUAAUAAUAAUCUCUCUCGCUCUUUCUCUCAGGUGGGUUUGUGUGUGAACUUGAGGAACCUUCAGUGGUUUGAUGCUGCAAACCCAGACACAUUCUUCCCACGAUGCUACAGGCUCGGGGCAGACGAUGAGAAACAUGCCUUCAUUGGUCAGCCCACUCUCUAACUGUCACUCUGUCCUGCACCCCAAGAUGCAUGUCUUUCUUCCUGUGAUAGCUCAAGGUAGUAGGUUCCCUUAGGAUCAGAUGACCUUAACCCAAAGUCUCUAACCUUAACCAUUAAAGGUAUGUAACAGUAUCUGAUCCUGUAUCAGUGGAUAGAGGGAACUUCUACCCAUUUCUCCCUGUAGGCCCUUCUGCAAGCACCUCUCCAUCCCCAAUUCACAGUCAACAUUACUGUAUAGUACACAUUUAUUAGGAAUGUCUAAUUGAGAAAAGUAAUAUUUUUCAUUAUCCUUUCUUUCUUUCUCUCGCCCUCCCUCCCCCUCUCUCUCCUCCACUUUUUUAGAAGACUUCAGGAGGACAGCAUGCACUAGUCUGCUCCAGCACAUAGUGGAAAGAAGUGAUAGAGAGGGAAGAGAGCAAGGAGAGGCAGAGGAAGAAAAGGUGGAACAGAACUUGUCACAAUCCGAGGGUAUCAGAGUGAUAUACUGCACACACACACACACACAAUAAACUGCAAUACAUUGUGCCAUUCUCAAUGUCAAGCCAAUAAGUCUUCCCCAGGCCCUAGGAAACGCAGAGCAACUCGAUUGGUCGGUCCAGGAAUGAUUGACAGGGCUUUGCACAUAUGCCAGGAGUUUCUCAACAGCUUGGACCACAGUGACAUUGAUGUCACCAUAGAAACGCCACCCUCCCUCACAGAACAGCAGUGGGCCAAGUUCAUGCAUGACUACUACCUGGUCGUCCAGUGAGUGUGUUGUGUGUAGUCAAGGGUCAUUAGUUAGUCAUUCAUAGAUGCAUUGUCUUUGCUCAGCUAACCCAUAGGAUACAUACUGGCACUGGACUAAGGUAUUUGGUUCAUGUCAAUAUGAACGACCCCCCCCCCCCCCCCCCCGUGUUUCUCCCUCUCGUGCGUGUGUGUGUGCGCGCGCGCGUGUGUGUCUGUGUGUGUAGUGAAGGUCUGGGGAUCGAGGGCAGUGGUGUGUACGUGGAGCGUUGUCAGGCCAUGUUGAAUAGACUACAGGUGUGUCCUCAGCUGGACAUAGAUGGCCUCCACAACAUCUGGAUCAUCAAACCAGGGGCCAAGUCACGGGGCAGGGGUGAGGCUGGCUCUGUGUGUGUGUGUGUGUGUGUGUGUGUGUGUGUGUGUGUGUGUGUGUGUGUGUGUGUCUGAGGGACACGUUGAUGUGAUGUGUGGGGCAAGUUGGGUGUGUGUCAUAGGGUUUGCUGUGUAUGUUAAUGUGUAUGUGUUUUUGUAACUCUUUCUCUUUCAUAUCUUAUUCAUGUCUACCCCUACACCCUCAUUUCCUCGCUUUCUUUCCUUGUACUCCUCGCUCUCGUUGUCUUUGUCCCUCUUUCCUAUCUUAUCUGCCAAUCUCUUUUUGUCUCUCUCUCCCCCCUUUCUCCCUCCCUCUCAAUCGCCCUCUCCCUCCUUCUCUCUCCUCCUCCCACUCCCCUCCAGGUAUAAUGUGUAUGAAUCGCCUGGAGGAGAUCCUUAGGCUGGUGGACAGUGACCCAUCCCUAAUCAAGGACAGUAAGUGGGUGGUGCAGAAGUACCUGGAGCGCCCCCUGUUGGUCCAUGCCACCAAGUUCGACCUGCGCCAGUGGUUCCUGGUCACAGACUGGAACCCCCUGACCGUGUGGUUCUACCGCGAGUGCUACCUGCGCUUCUCCACCCAACCCUACUCCACACAGACCCUGGAUAGGUAAGAGAGAAGGGGAGGGGAGAGGAGUGUGAAAGAAAGAGAGAGAACUUGCUUAUUCACCUGAUUCAUAUCAGUUUUCCUUUAUCAGGAGGUAUUUUGCAGCAGAACUGAGCAAAAAAGUAAAUUCUGUCCAUUUCUUGCUUUCUCUCUCCGCCUCCAUCCCUCCGUCAGCUCGGUCCACCUGUGCAACAACUCCAUCCAGAAGGACUUCCAGCCGUCUCAAUGGCGCCACCCGGAGGUGCCCGAGGACAACAUGUGGUCGUGCUCCCAGUUCCGGGCCUUCCUGCGUGCCCAGGGCCAGGGGGCAUCGUGGGGGGCGCUGGUGGUGCCUGGGAUGCAGCGGGCAGUGGUCCACGCCCUCCAGACAGCCCAGGACCUGGUGGAGGGGCGCAGGGGCAGCUUUGAGCUCUACGGGGCAGACUUCAUGCUGGGUCGGGACCUGAGGCCCUGGCUACUGGAGAUCAACGCCAGCCCCACCAUGGCACCCUCCACAGCCGUCACCGCCCGCCUCUGCCCUGCCGUGCAGCUGGAUACUCUCAGGGUGGUGCUGGACCGACGGGCGGACCCUGGUGCAUAUACAGGGGGCUUUCAGCUCAUCUACAAACAGGUGAGGCCAAGGAUAUAUGCAUAGACAUACAUGCAGAUCAUUCGGACACAAGCUUGAUGAUCACAUAUGAUGAGUCUAUGCAGACUAUGCAAGCAUUCCCAGGUAUUGUACAGCACAAAUAAUACUCAACCCCCAUCAGGAGUGUGUGAACAUAUCUAUUUUCCUCCUUCUCCCAGGCUACAGUUGAAGUCCCUCAGUACAUGGGAGUUAACCUGCUGGUGGAGGGGGCCCCACUAAAACGACCCCGGUUGCCCCCUCAUAGAAUCCCUGUCAUCCCUGACCCCCCUCUCACCACACACACCCGCACCAACCAAUCAGCCCCAGAAGCAGAGGACAAACCCUCCAAUAAUAGACCAUCCCCAUGCCGCCGCCCCUCAGGCAAAGAUAACCAAUCAGGGGGAGGGGGGAAUAUGUUCCCCAAAAGAGAUGGAGAGGGUGGAGCUCUGGGGCGCCAGCACACCUCCCCUACACUGAGGUCGUCUCAGAGAAUGGCACCAGAGCACCCUCAGGCACUCCACAGCGAGCCCCAGAAGAGGGCUCGUUGCCUGGGGCUGAGUCUGGGCAGCAGUUGGCCUCUCCGCCUGGUUCCCAGGACUCUAUCCCAUUCCCUUAGCACCCCCUGUGGCACAUUAGGGGGUGACACCCACCCCUCUCACCCUAACCCCCACCCCCAGCCUGCCCCAGGACCCCGUACCGCCCGGCCCUUCCUCUCCCAGUCCUCCCUGGGACCCCCCCGCAAGGCUCCAACCCGGGGCCUGCCCACCCUCUACGGCCCCAUCCCAGCCCUGGAGGUCUUUGGCCUGCGCCCCAGCCCACUGACUGGACCCCUCUCUGGGCCCUGCCCAACGCUGGCCUCUGACCCUGGCCUCCGCAUACACCAGUUCCUCCCCCACUUCCACAGGCAGGUCAUAGCCAACUAUAAAGGGGGCUGUGCCGGCGGAGGUCCCAAAUCCUCAACGUAA